AAGCAUUUUUGGAAACUAAACCAAAAGCCAACGGACACUCGCUCUCUUUCUCUCUCUCGGUGGAGUCUCUCCGCAGCGAAAGAUAACUUGAUUGCUUCUGUUUGAGUCAUUGAGAGAAUCGUAAAGGGCAGUGAAAAUGCCAGGAAUAAGAGGACCUUCUGAUUAUUCUCGAGAACCGCCUCGUCAUCCUUGUCUUCAGAUCAACGCCAAGGAGCCCUUCAAUGCUGAGCCACCGCGUUCAGCUUUAGUUUCCUCUUAUGCGACUCCGGUGGAUUUGUUUUACAAGAGAAAUCAUGGACCAAUACCAGUAGUUGAUGACAUAGAGAGAUAUUGUGUUGAUUUUUGUGGUUUGAGUGAAACUCCCAAAAAGCUGUAUAUGAGAGAUAUCAGGAUGCUACCAAAGUACAAUGUUACUGCCACUUUACAGUGUGCGGGUAAUAGGAGGACUGCCAUGAGCAAAACCAGGAAAGUUAGAGGAGUUGGCUGGGAUGUUUCUGCUAUAGGGAAUGCUGUGUGGGGAGGUGCCAAAUUGGCUGAUGUUCUUGAACUCAUUGGGAUACCAAAGUUGACUAGUAGCACUCAGUCUGGUGGAAAACAUGUUGAAUUUGUAAGCAUUGAUAAGUGUAAGGAGGAGAAUGGUGGGCCAUACAAGGCAUCAAUUCCACUUAGUCAGGCCACAAACCCUGUAGCUGAUGUCUUACUUGCUUAUGAGAUGAAUGGAGAGCCUCUUAACAGGGAUCAUGGUUAUCCAUUGAGAGUAAUUGUGCCAGGUGUUAUAGGUGCUCGUUCUGUCAAGUGGCUGGAUUCUAUCAAUAUAAUAGCAGAAGAAUGCCAGGGAUUCUUCAUGCAAAAGGACUACAAGAUGUUUCCGCCAUCUGUGGAUUGGGAUAACAUCAAUUGGUCUACCAGGAAGCCACAAAUGGAUUUCCCAGUUCAGUCUGCGAUUUGUUCUUUGGAAGAUGUGCAGUCAAUAAAACCUGGAAAGGUAACAAUUAGUGGAUAUGCAGUAUCAGGAGGAGGCCGUGGAAUCGAACGAGUAGAUGUAUCUAUUGAUGGUGGCAAAACCUGGGUAGAAGCCUUCAGAUCUCAGAAGACUGGUAUCCCUUACAUAGCAGAUCACAUCAGCAGUGACAAAUGGGCAUGGGUGCUUUUUGAGGUCACAGUUGAUAUCCCACACAGUACUGAAAUUGUUGCCAAAGCGGUGGAUUCAGCUGCAAAUGUCCAACCUGAAAAGGUGCAAGACAUUUGGAACCUAAGAGGGAUUCUGAACACUUCAUGGCACCAAGUUCAUGUUCGUGUGGGCCACUCAAAUAUGUAAAUCGAACCUAAUGAACCGUUAAAUAACUAAGCUACCGUCCUGAAUAUGUGGCUGGCUUUCAUUACCAUGUGGUUUGUGCAAAAAUUUUAGUGUUGCCUGGCUUUAAUAAUGCUGUUGUGGUGGGUUCUUAUGUAAUCUAAGGAACACAAUUGAGUUGUUGAAAGUUUUGCGACGUGGUUUCUCUUCAAUCUUACAUGAAUUUAUAGUCUUGGUUAGAUCUGA